GCUGCCAGGAACCUGAGUGUGAAGGUCACCUUUGCCCUGCUGGGUUUCACAGAUCACCCAGAGCUCCAGCUGCCUCUCUUCCUCGUGUUUCUCUUCAUGUACAUUAUCACUGUGGUAGGAAACUUGGGGAUGAUAGUACUCAUCAAGGUUAACCCCAAAUUCCACACUCCCAUGUACUUUUUCCUUAGCCACCUGUCAUUGGUCGACUUUUGUUACUCUUCCAUCAUCACUCCUAAGUUGUUGGAGAACUUGGUGGUGACAGACAAAGGCAUCUCAUACUUUAGCUGCAUGCUGCAAUAUUUCCUGUCCUGCACUGCUGUGGUGACCGAGUCCUUCCUGCUGGCAGUCAUGGCCUAUGACCGCUUCGUGGCCAUCUGCAACCCUCUGUUGUAUGCAGUGGCCAUGUCACAGCGGCUUUGUACCCUACUAGUUGGAUCCUACCUCUGGGGUAUGUUUGGUCCCUUGGUACUCCUGUGCUAUGCUCUACAGCUCAACUUUUCUGGACACCGUGUGAUCAACCAUUUUUUCUGUGAAUACACUGCUCUUAUUGCUGUCUCAAGCUCAGAUAUACACAUUCCACAUCUGUUGCUUUUCGGCUUCGCCACAUUCAAUGAGGUGAGCACAUUACUCAUCAUCCUCACGUCCUAUGUCUUCAUUUUUGUGACUGUGCUAAAGAUCCGUUCUUCCAGUGGACGCCGCAAAGCCUUCUCGACCUGUGCCUCCCACCUGACCGCCAUCACCAUCUUCCACGGAACCAUACUCUCCCUCUAUUGUGUGCCCAACUCCAAAAACUCUCGGCAAACUGUCAAAGUGGCCUCUGUGUUCUACACAGUUGUCAACCCCAUGCUGAAUCCUCUGAUCUACAGCCUGAGAAAUAAAGAUGUGAAAGAUGCCUUCCAGAAACUCAUAACCACAAAAGUGCCACAUCACUGA